UGUUUCACUCUCAACAGUUCAUCGCAAAAAACCUAAUCCCUAACAAUCCAAUCGGGCUUAGGGCAUAGCUUGAUGCUUUUAGAGCUGACUUGGAGUUGCAGAAACUUGUAGAGAGAGAAUUUCUCAGGUCUGAAAAUCUUUGAAGCUCUCCAUAUUUGAGAUGCAACUAAUUUUCAAUUUGCCAAGAAGAUGACUCUGCGUAUCUGCAGAAGUCUUACCUCAGUCGCUCUCAAAACCCCUAUUUCUUUCUCUUUCUCUCUCCUCGUCCUCUCCUACUCUACACGAAAACAACCCAAAUGCACCGCUUCAGUCGCUGAUUACUUGGUGUAUAAACACCAAUUCGCUCCUGAAACUGCCUCAAAAGUCUCCUCUGUGUUAACUUGUGUAAAAAACCCAGAAAAGUCUGAUUCUAUACUGUUCUUUCUCAAAGCGAGUGGGUUUUCGAAGACCCAUCUCGAAAAUGUUGUAGUAAAAUGGCCCAAUGUUCUCUCUGCUAAUCUUGAUCGUACCAUCAAGCCCAAAAUCCAGAUUUUCCAAGACUUGGGCUUUUCUCCGACGGAAACUGCCGAGUUAAUUUCGAUGCAUCCUUGGAUUUUGACGCGUAGCGCGGUCAAUCAGCUUGGGCCGUCCCUUUUGGUAUUGAGAAAUGUAUUUGAUUCAAGUUUAGAUGUGUCUAAGGUCUUAAAGAUUUCUGUGUGGUUUUUGAAUCAUGAUUUGGAGAAGAGUAUGAUACCCAGUAUUGCAUUGAUGAAGAGUCUUGGAAUUAAUUCUUCUCAGCUAAUGAGAUAUGUGUACAGCUUUCCGAGGUUUUUCUUGUAUAAACCGGAAAGAAUUAAGGAAUUCGUUAAGAGGGUUGAUGAAAUGGGUUUUAAUAGGAACUCCAAGAUGUUUCUCCAUGCGAUUCGAACUGUGAGCUCAAUGACAAUUAAGAAUUGGGAACUUAAAUUGGAGCUUUUUCGGAGUUUAGGGUUCUCAGAUGUUGAUAUACUAUCCGUGUUUCAGAGGAAACCUCAGAUUUUUGCCGUAUCUCAAAGGAAAAUUAAGGAUGUAACUAAGCUUCUGCUUGCCACUGGGAAAUUUGAUAUCUCAUUUAUUGUUAACCACCCAGAAUUGCUUUGUUGCAGUAUUGAAAACAGGUUAAAACCACGGCUACGAGUUGUGGAAGUUUUGGAAAAUAAGAAAUUGCUUCCAAAAAAGCCGAGUUUGACAUCGCUACACAAGAUCACUGAUGAGAAGUUCUUUGAAAAGUUUGUGCUCCCUUAUUCAAAUGAAGUUGGUGAAAUAUACAUAGCUAGAGAGUUCUCAUAGAUAAUGGAAAUGUGUGCUCUUGGUCAAUAAUCCCCAAUUUUAUCCACUUGACAGUUGACACUCUUAUUUAGGUUCCAGUGGCUUUUCAUGAAUUAACUCUUGUAAGUGCGUGUGUAGACAGACUUUUUCUGCAGGUAAUAUGAUUUUUUUCCAUUCGAUGUAUGUAAUGUACUUCACUGAGAAACUGUGAUUAGUUAUCCAGAUUGAUACUGCAUACGUGCUCUUCAGAUGAAUUGAAAUAACACCAUUUACACUCAGACAUUUCUGAUGUAUUAAUUUGCUGCUCCAGUUUUAAUUCUUGUGCACCCAGUACCCACAGCCAAUUUCAAAUAACUCCUUCCCCCCCAAAAAAAAAUUCUCUGUCGAGGCCUCUAUUUCA